AUGAAGAUCGGGAUAAACGGAGCAGGUCGUAUAGGCAAAUUAGUGGCUAGAAUAGCCUUAACUCGUGGUUUUGAAAUUGGCUGUAUUAAUGAUCCAUUUGUGGAUGCUAAGUACUUAGCUUAUCUUUUAACGCGAGACUCCACUCAUGGGCCUUUAAGGGAGACUCAGGCUAAGGCAGAAGGCAAUGUUUUGGUUCUAGAAGGUAAGUAUCCUGCGCGUAUAACCAUUCUUGCUGAGCGGGACCCGGCAAAGAUUGGCUGGCAGCAGUAUGGUGUUGAAUACGUAAUCGAGUCUUCUGGAGUUUUCAAGGGCAUUACUGAUUGCCAAGGCCAUCUGACUUCUGGUGCCAAAGCAGUUAUUAUAACUGCACCGAGUAAGGAUGCUCCUAUGUUUGUGGUUGGUGUUAAUGAAAAGGAGUACCAAGGGCAAACAGUAAUUAGCAAUGCUAGCUGCACUACUAAUUGUUUGGCCCCGCUGGUUAAAGUCUUGGAGGAGUCUUUUGGGAUUGAAGAAGGACUUAUGUCCACGGUGCAUGCUUUAACUGCGACCCAAAGAAUCGUUGAUGGGAUGUCAAUGAAGCAAUACCGCGAUGGCAGAGGCGGGCUUCAGAAUAUCAUCCCGGCUUCCACUGGAGCAGCUGCUGCAAUUGGGGAGGUUAUUCCUUCACUUAAGGGCAAGUUGACGGGUAUGUCUUUCCGGGUGCCAGUGGCUGAUGUCAGCGUGGUUGAUCUGACCGUUAAGCUUAAGCGCGGAGCUUCGGCAACCGAGAUCAAAAGAAAGCUCAAGGAGGCUAGUGAAGGUUCUCUUAAAGGAAUUCUGGCCUACACUGAGGAGCCGGUGGUUAGCAGUGAUUUUAUUGGUGAAACGGCUAGUAGUGUUUUUGAUGCUGAGGCGUCCAUCUUCCUUUCUGAUACGUUUAUCAAGCUAGUGGCCUGGUAUGACAACGAGUACGGAUACUCCUCUCGAGUUAUUGAUCUUCUUGCCCAUAUCAGCAAGUCGCAAUAA